AUGUGGCGCGUGUUCCACGGCAAUGCUUGCGAGAUCUUCAAGAUUAAAAUCGAACAUGCGAAGAAGAGCCUCACCGUAAAGAAGGACACUGGAGGCCGUUUCGAAUUGCCAAAAAAGCAAUUCGUGUGCACCAGCGCUUGGGAUGAGAAUAUCCAUGGAAAAUGGGACCCCUCGAAAGAGGUGGAGCAAGAGAUCCGCGGACAGAAGUACAAGGGAGUGUGGCGCUCCAUAGGCAAAGAGGGUGUGUUCGACUUCACUGAGUACGAGGACGUCGGGCUCUCUGAGCAGGUCGAAGAGCACGGCUUUGACCACGAAGCCUUUGGCGAGAAGGCUUUCGAACGCAAAAAGGAGGCGCUGCAUACUGCUAUGCAGGCCCAGACAAGAGCCAGAGAUGCUUCCGCUGUCAAGGGAUCCGAGGCAAGCAUCGAGAGCAUGAUGGCUCUGGUGCAGCAAUUGCAAAUUGGCUCGUCUUCUUCUUCGGCUUCCAAGGACAAGCCUUCGGCAACAACAGGCACCGGUUCCACUUUGCCAGUGAAAGCCGAAGACGACGGCAGCAGCAGUGGCUCCAGCUCAGAAGAGGAGGCCCAGACAGGGCCUUCGGCCGGGUUGGCGAUGCUCGCCCCAGCAGCCAAGAAGGCAAAAGCAGCAGCGGCAGCGUCCAACAAAGGCGGUGCCAACACCAAGUCUACGGUGACGCCUGCGCCUGCGGCUGCCAAAGUCAAGGCAAAGGAAGGCUUCAGCACGGGUGGAAAGCCAGCCAAGCCGACGCCGUCGGCAAAGGUUGCGCAGCCCAAAGGAAAGACCAAACUCUCUGCGCCUUCGGUUGCGGGUGCGGCUCCUUCAAGCGAUCCCGACAAAAGCUCUACCGUAGGCAUUCUUCAGCUUGAUGGGCGUGCAAAUCGCACACUGAGUCGCCUCAACGAUGCCAAUACGAAGCUUGCCGAGAAGCUCAAAGAGAUCCGUUACGAUGACGAGCCUGUGUCGCAAAACCAAGCAGCUUCAAAAGAGUAUCGCGCACAUUGUCUCAAGCGCGUCACCGAGCUCAACCAGAUCAGGAAGCAAGCCUCGGAGCAUGUGAAAAAAGUGGAAAAAAGCCCCAACAAAGAUGCUUUUGCAGACCAGCUACAAGGUCUUACUGAAAUCACCGAUGCUGCCACAGCGCUCGGAGAGCUGUUGGGCAUGAUGCCUGUGGCAACCCCUGAUCCCGAAGUGUUCCUUGGCACUCUGAACAAGUGCAGAACCUUCGCGGGAAGUCUGGGCUUUGGCCUUGGGCCGGGUUUCGCAAUGAAGUGUCUCUUGGCAAAGGUCAACGAAGCAUGCUUGCAUUGCAACUACGACCGACUUUGCGAGAUCCUCUGCGAGGACAGCAAGGAUGCCCAGGACAUCCUCAGCUCAUCCGUAACCAUGGAUCAGCUACGCCUUGCCGUAUCUGCUGAGAUCGAGAAUCGGCUGCUUUCAGCCAUGCGAAAUGUUUGCAUGACAGAGUUGAAGCUGAAGUCCUCGGGGUUUGUCCACAUUGCAGAUCCUGAGUCUGAGACCCCGACUUUGCAUGAGGCAAGCCAGCUGGCCGCUUGCAUUGCGCGUGCGUCUGAGGCCAAAGGGUUCCUUGCAAGCAGCAUCGCAGACUCUGCGUCCGUAGCCUUCUCUUUUCUGGACAUGAAGGACAUGGCAAGUCUCCGAGACAACGUCCAGAAGAUUCAGGGAGUCGCUUCCGAGCAGCUGGAAAAGUUGGAUGGCAUGACGCGUUUUUUCAUCCAGCAUGAUAUUGGCAAAGCUCUGGUGGCUCUCGCCACUGAUAGAGUGGAACAUGGGCAAGCAGAGGCCGACUACCAGGAGUUGCUGAAAGCUUUGCAGGCGCCGUUGGAAAGGCUGCAACAGGCAGCCAAGGAGAUCACGCACAGAACGGCGGCAAAAAGCCAGGGAAUUGCAUUUAUCGUUAGCGACCUCAGCCCGGCGGUCAAAGCCAUGGAGGAGUUGCAGGCUUGCGCUUUCUUGAAGCGCAAGGCCGCGCAGAAGGCUGAUAGCGAGACCGGCAUGAGUGCUGUUGAGACAGUGCAAUCCUGCGCUGGGCGCCUGUCAAAAAUCGCGGUCACCAUGGUGCAAGACGAACUCAACAUGAACAUCUCCGAGCACCUGCGCCUUGGCUGUUUCCCAGCGCUGAAGAACAACUGCAUGGUGAAGCUUCCGCAGCAAGCAGAUGCAGACGUUCCGGCCUCUGGCCCAGUCGGGUCAGGCACGGCCAUCAUCAAUUUGGACGAGUUCCUCAGUGGUUUUUCCGCUGUCGCUUUCGUUGAGAACAAGCUCUGGCAGAGCCUGCCUGCAGUGCAGGCUUUGAUCGCUGAUUACAGCAAAGCGACAUCGCUGCUAGCUUCCAUGAUGCGAUUCGUUUUUAUGAAGCAGCCGGCUUUCAGCCAGGUUUCUGUCGGCAAAGACAAAGUGCUGCCAGAAACCAUGCAAGACUGGACCGAAAAGGCACGGAAGCAUGCAAAAACCUGGGUUUCCGAACCAGCUCUCUUGGAGGCAAUCGAACACUGGUUGGUUAAACCACUUCAGGCAGAGCUGCAGUUGCUCUAUUCAGCGGGUCUCAGCAGUGUGGCUCCAAUCGUCGAUCAAUAUGUGCAAGGCGCUUUGGCCUGUGGUCUCACUCGUGGUGUUCACGACGACGUUUUGCAGAAAGUGCCGCAGCAGCACCCCCUCCGUGGUCUCGUCGAGUCGUUCUUGCAGGCCCAGUCCUCCAUUGCCGCGUUGCCUGUAAGCCGUAAGCCGCAUGUUCGGUCUUUGACCAAGUCGUUGAAGCUGCUGUCCGAAGAACUUGCAAACGUCCAGAAGUCCAAGGACUUUGAAGCGGAGCUGAAGCCAACAAAGAUUGCGGACAGCUCUACCUUGCAGUGCCUCGAGCAGCGUGCAGGACUUCUGCGAAGGCGGCUCCUGGCCACGGCUCGCAAGACUUGCUUGCAGGCCUGGCAAAGCGUCGAGAGGCUUCAAUCGCUUCUUCAAAGCCUUCCCAAGGCCUGCAGCAGAGCUGAGGAGGAUUACCGAGUCGCGGCGAUCCCGCUGGUGAAGGAGCUGGCAGGCCUGUCCGGCCAGGUGUCGUCAGGAGCUGAGACGAUCAAGGAGCUCCAAGAUGACAUCGCGACAUUGGCCGUGACAGUGUUUCAGUCCGCAGGCUCGGAAGCGGAAGUGCCGCAUGAGCAGCUCAUUCGCAAGUCAGACGGUGUGAACUUCAGGGAAGCUGGAGAGUCUUCGGAGGCUUUUGCCAAGACCUGCAACGAGGUUGCACUUUGUGGCAAGACGCAUGUGAGCAUUGUUGCAGCCCUUUGCCUGUUGCGCAUGCCAAACUUGAGCGCUGCUUCACAAGAGGGCAAGGAGCUGAUGCAGAAGCUUGUGGGUGUGCACAGUGCGCUGAGCAAUCUAUGCGACAAUCUGAAGGCCCAGAUUGCACCAGGAAGCGAGUAUUUUAGCCUCCGCGCUUUUGCAGAGACUGUUCUCAAUGAGGCAAACGAUUGCUUGAAUCCCAAGAAGUCACCAGAUGAGUCAGCCGUCGCGGCUGUUCCCAACAAAGGAAAGAAGCGCAAGCCUGCCGAAGAACCGGCCGAGGAACCCGAGAAGAAGAAGAAGGCGGCAGAAAAGAAGAAAAAGAAGGGAAAGGACUCUGACGAUGAGAGCGAGAGCAAGAAGAAGAGAGCGGAUCCAAGUCAAAGCGAAAGCGAGAGGGGGAUUGAGGCCUUCGGCCACGUUUUGAUGGGAUCCAAGUCAAAGCGAAAGCGAGAGGUGGAUUGA